GGUCGACCGAGCGCAUAUCGAGACGAGACAGCAGAGAAAAGAGCGUUGGGUGAGCCGGGAAGCACAAGACCGCCUUCCUUUUGUUUCCCACUUUUGCCACCAGCUCCCGCUCGUUUUUCCUGCUGUACGCUAUUCAUCCUGCCUAGUGCGACCUAAUUCUUCCGUUUGUUAUUAUCCACCUUUGCGAUGCCUGCCGUGCGCACCCGAGAGACACACCCAUCCUCCCGUGGACUGGAAGUGGCCACCAGACUCCCAGUUCUCUCCAUUAUCUCCCCGACACCCCGAACGCUCACAUUCCCCGCGCUUCAUAACCUUUCCGACUCCCCGUAUGCGUCACCCUCCAGCUCUCCAUUCGAGCCCGAUCUCAGGAAACUCGCGCUCUCUUCGGAAUCCUCUUCUUUUGGGUCAACGACCUUGCACUCUCCCUCCUCCUCCGUCUCGUCCACGGAAUGCCGCACACCACCCCCACCCGCACCGCUACCUCUCAGCGCCUUCACGCGUACCUUGUCCCCAUUCUCCCCACCCUCCAUCGCCCUCUCGGACUCUGCCACGCCGUCACCUGUGCGGCGCAAGUCUACCUCGAGCGCAGCGGCGAAUGAAGAUCGGCGGCCGAAACGAGGCGACGAGGACUACGUCAAGCGGCCAGAAAACGCUUUCAUUCUUUUCCGUCGCAAGUGCUGUGAAGACCGUACCCUCGGCGACCCCGCGCUCCCCAUCGCCGCCGAGCCUGAAUCCGCCGCCACCCCCGUCCCUGGGACAGGCAAACGCCCCCGUCAGGCAGACCUCUCCAAGACGAUCUCAGCCAAGUGGCGGGCACUGUCGGUGGAGGAGCGGGCGAAGUGGGAGGACCUAGCGAAGGAGAAGAAACGCGAACACGAGGCGUUGUAUCCCAACUACGUUUAUCGCCCCCAGCGCGCGAGCAACCGCAACCGCCCGCGGGACUCGAGCCCUGCUCCUCCAUCGCGUGGGAGGAGCUUCGCUGCUGAUGACGAUGCUGCCGAUUUCGCUCCUGCUGGGAGGAGGAAGAGGAAGUCUUCCGCGCCGGCUGCUCAAGGCAACGGGGAGGUACAGCUCGAGUUUGUUGUUCCUUCCGUGCCAGCGUCCAUGCUGCACCCAAGGAGUGCGAGUAUGCCUCCUUAUCAAGCGCUGGAGGUGCCGAAUGUGUUCUUCAAUACGCCAUUUGGGCCGGGAUCCUCGUCCUCGCUACAGUUACCAGCGCAUAUGCUCGAUUCUGUGUCCGCAUCACCUACGUCGCUCCUACCGAUGAUCUCGCAAAACACGACCUAUGGACAGGGCAUAUCACCUGAUGACCCGAGUGGCGGUUGGGAUUACCAGCCCGGGACAACGAGCUCGCAGUUUGCAGAUAGCCUGAAUUCUUCCGACUUCCUCCGGUCGAUCUUUGCGUCUUCGCAGCUCAAUCCGUCGUUCUUCUCUCCCGCCUCGUCGACAUCUUCGUCGCCCUACACGCCGACCUCGACAACGUUCUCCCACAUGCCGAUGUUCGCGCCGAUGGAGCCUUCUCCACUGUCGCUUUCUGCAGCAGAUUACGAGAUGCAGGAAUCCGCCCCGCCAUAUUCGGAUUACACGAGCCAUUGGGCCGCGACGUCGCCAUGGGCCGGACAGACGACGUUCGAAAUUGCUGACGCGGGGUCGGCGCUGGGUGACUUUGACGUGGAGAAGAUCCCGAAUCUGGGUGCUGGAUGGGACCUUUCCCCGCCACAGCCCGAGGAUGAGAGCACGCCGCUGUACUCUCGGGAGGACUUCCUGCUAGACACCAGGAAUGACAUUGGACUGGGGUCGCCGUUCCAGGAAAUGUCGCUGCCAGUACCUCAUUCUCAUCAUUUUGACGAGGACGUGGUUUCAGGUGGGACGCCUCUGCUCUGACGACCGGCGCUGGCUGUUCUGCUCCUUGUCUGUCUGUCUGUCUCCUGCGCUGCUUUCGCACGCUCCUUUUCUCUCUUCGCUCCUUGUUUCUGCUCUGAUCCAGCGCCCCUCUCUCCUCUUCACACGGCGGCAUGUACUCCUUUAGCUAUCUCUAUCCACUUAUCGGCCGUCCUCAAUUGUACUACAAUCACAACCCCCACCCAUCCCUUGCUUUCACAUCUGUUGUACCGUAUCUACCCGGUUUUUUGCUGUCUCCAGCACCGCAACGCGUUGGGCGCGAGCGCCUUGCCCCAGUUCGGCUGGUGCCAGCGCCUGCCGUUGUUUAUUACUACUUAGCACCUUUACAUACCUCCCUCGCCUCUGCGAGCUGGACCCACGAAACUCACACGACCUGUUCUAUACUGUUAUUACUUGCCUGCUUUUCACGUUUAUUACGCACACGCACCGAAACCGAGACACCCUCCGCUACGUACCAAUUACAAUCCGCGUAAUGCUGCUCGUGUGUGAUAUUCUCCGGUAUUCAUCUCGAAGUGUGGACAGGAACAAUUGCGAUUUGGGUCCAGGGAAGAAGGCUUCUCUCUCGAUCAUGAUCGUGGUUCUCUUUUGUCUUCCAGAUUCGGAUAAGACAAGACAACACGUCGUUCUCUAGACUUCGUCGUUCGGCAAAGAUAAUGGGGUCGUGGAGACUCGGGUUCCACCCCGAUGGUCGUCGUGUGCAAUACGGGGGCGUGUCCAACGUCCAGUGACAGGCGAAGCCGGAGUCGAGCAUCGUAUAGCACGGCGUGAAUCCAGCGACGAAGCCUGCUCCGAGUCUCUCCACUUCCGUCCGAUAGACACAACCGGGAGUUCCUGGGCCUGGUCACGCGAUGGUCAGCGAGCGAAUGCAGCUCUAUGCGACGUCGUCCGCUGAACGACGUGCACUGAGCAUAUUAAUGAAUGGGAUCAUCGGUGGCGCCCGUUAGCUCGGAGCAUCCCGCACGACGAGCGUGGCUAAAAUCUGCACAGCUGUCUUCGGAUCGCGCCCGUGAGCGGCGGCCAGACACCCUCCGCCAUCAGAGCAGCAGGUCAUGAACCGCGCGCUUCGUUCCGUGAUCGCCUAAUCCCAAUCCGGAAAUGUCAAAGGAGUCAGAAAUCAGUCUGAAAGAUCAAGAAUCGAGCGCGGACGAAUAUCGGGUCAGGACAGUAAGUGCGUGGGAGAGCUUCCGCGUCGGCUUGAAGAUGAGAUUCCGACUGAGUCAGACCGCGUGAGUUCGGAUGGCAAGCAUAACUGACUUGUCUUUGCGUUCCACGUGUCACGGGACGGGGGUCCAGAGCACACGGCACGAAACGGAAGAAGAAGAAAUCGGCCAUUAUGCCCUCUGCCCACGAACAUCGAGAAAACGGCGAGAAAUCAGAAGAGAAUUACGUCAUGGCAUGCUGUAAGUAAGCAAGCAAAGUGCCGAAAGAGGAAAGUUGCUUGUCUCCCAGCGAGAGUCUGGAAAUGGAAUAAAUGGAACAGGUAACCCUGAAUAUGCAGAGAUGAGAAACCGAUAAGCUGGAAGUCGUCGAAGAAAUACCGAAACACGCGCCGUAGAUUUGAGGUCCGGAUCCUCCUUCGGAUGAAUUUCCCGACUCCGCCACCCAAUAACCCAUGAAAUUGAGGGAAGGAGCCCAUAUCUCCGACGCGCAGGGCAGAGCGCUCAUGAGAAAUCAGAAGAACAAGUAACAUGGUGUCAUCACGCCACUUGCCUGGUCCGCCGGGGCUGACUGUUGAGAUAGCGGAUUCGCCGCUCGCAUUAGUCCCUUUGCCGAUGUAGAUUUUGAGGCCG